GCUGAUCUGAACCUGUGAGAAAACAAAGUGAAGCUAGACGCAGGACGCGGAAGUGAUGCAGAUGUUCCUGGAAACAUCUGCACGUGCAUCUAAAGUCUCUGUGGCGGAAGUUUACUCCACCCUAACCUGUGGAUUCGCCGGUUUUAGUUCCCGGCGCCUCGGAUUGUCGUGUUUUCUCUCAGCUGCAGAUGAUCCUGUUGUCUUCACUGAUUAUCGAGGGGCGGACCGCUACUGCUUCUGGUUCUGAGAUGACUUCAGCCUGGGAAAGUCUCCUGUCUACGUACCAGAGCGCACUGGACAAUGGAGACAAGCGCACAGACCCGUGGCUGCUGGUCUACUCCCCCUUUCCGAUGGUACUCAUCUUCCUGGUCUACCUCAGCAUGGUGUGGGCGGGCCCUCGUCUGAUGAAACACAGGGAACCCUUCAACCUCAGAGUCGUUCUCAUCGUUUACAAUUUCUUCAUGGUCGGCCUGUCUGCCUACAUGUUCUAUGAGUUCCUGGUCACGUCGUUGCUCUCAAACUACAGCUACCUGUGUCAGCCUGUAGAUUACAGCAACAGCCCGCUGGCCAUGAGAAUGGCCAGAGUCUGCUGGUGGUUCUUCUUCUCCAAGGUCAUCGAGCUCAGUGACACGCUCUUCUUCAUCCUGAGGAAGAAGAACAAUCAGGUUACGUUCCUCCACGUCUACCACCACGGCACCAUGAUCUUCAACUGGUGGUCGGGAAUCAAAUAUGUGGCCGGAGGACAGUCGUUCUUCAACGGGAUGGGCAACAGCUUCGUUCACAUCGUCAUGUACUCGUACUACGCCCUGGCUGCCAUCGGCCCUCACAUGCAGAAGUACCUGUGGUGGAAACGUUACCUCACGUCCCUGCAGCUGGUGCAGUUUGUGAUCUUCCUCGUGCACACGGGUUACAACCUGUUAGCCGAGUGCGACUUCCCCAACUCCAUGAACAUGCUUUUGUUUGGGUACUGCGUCACCCUCAUCAUCCUCUUCAGCAACUUCUAUUAUCAGAGCUACCUCAAGAACAAGAAGAAGCAGAAAAUAUGAGACGCAGUCACUGCAGCACUCGUCCACUAGAGGGCACAACAAGCCUACAGAAUGAGGCUUUUUCUCAUCGUCAACAGUCUGAGCUCAUUCACAGAAGUUGUAUAUGUCUGUAUAAAAUACACUGUUCGGGUUAAUAAAGCUUCACACUCCU